UAAUCCGUGAUGUUUCCACACGAACAUGAAUCAGUCGGACAAAUAGGAAGCAUGUCAGGUUUUAGUUUCUUUUAAAUGCUUUUUUUAUAUAUAUUAUUUACAGUUGCUGUAUCUUUUUUUUGUUUAUGUGUGGUAAACCGGAAACGUGUUUUCGUGGUCGGUUUCUGAUACACGUGUACUGCUUGUAAAUCAUAAAUAGAUAACGUUAACUGACAGAUCGCAAUGUCUAAAGCUGCGACUCCUCUCCGCAUUCUUUGCAUUCACGGUUAUCGACAGAAUGGAAACUCGUUCCGAGAGAAAACAGGAGCUUUACGCAAACUCUUAAAAAAACAAGUGGAGUUGGUGUACAUUAGUGCACCACACCAAGUUCCAGCCAUUCAAAAUGAAACCAAUCAGGAGCCAGAAAGGACUGGUGGUGGUGAUGAGGACCAGAGGGGCUGGUGGUUCUCCAAUGUUCAGGCACGCAGUUUCAAUGCAAAUGAGGAAUGUGAGAGCAGUCUGGGUCUGGAAGAGAGUGUGGAUACUGUAAGGACUGCAGUGAGGGAACUUGGUUCCUUUGAUGGCAUCCUGGGCUUUAGUCAGGGCGCCGCCCUGGUGGCCAUGGUGUGUGCCUUGCAGGAGCAGAAAUUAGAGCCUGAUUUUAAUUUCCGCUUUGCCGUCCUGGUUGCCGGAUUCCGCAGCGCUUGUAAACAGCAUCAGCGGUUCUACGAGGGGCCGGCAAUCACGAUUCCCUCCCUGCACGUGUUUGGACAGGAUGAUCGAGUAAUUCCAGAGAAGAUGAGUCAGGAUCUACUGCCAACAUUUGAUGGAGCUCAAGUCCUUGUUCAUCCUGGCGGACACUUUGUUCCUGCGGCAUCAUCGCAUAGGCAGACUUACCAGGACUUUCUUAAAAAGUUUCAAUGACAGAAUUGAAGAUGAAAAUGUUUAUAGAAGAAUGGAAUAAAGCAUUGGAAAUUAAGAAAUCACUAAGUGAUCUGUCACUGUUCUCAGGGUAAAGCUCACUGUAAUAAAAACAUUCAGAUUUAUGCACAUUCAAAGGAUUGUAUCAAUGCAUGUUAAGCACCGUCACAGAAUAUGUGAUAUGUUUGUUUAUUAUCACAGUCAAGUCAAAUUAAUAUUUAUAGCGCUUUUUUACAAUGUUGAGUUGUUUCAAAGCAGCUUUUAUGUGAAAGAUGAGAAGAGAAACCACAGAAAGGGGAAAAUUAUUAAACAAUUAUUAAAAACAUAACAUGCCUUUCCAUGUUACAUGCAAUUGCCCCAUGAAAGAAUAAACAAUAUUUAAGAGCAGGAGUUUUACAU